ACCAGACCAAUUUUGUCAUUCAUUCAAAUUCAAAACGGUCCAGUUUCCCUACUAGUUAACUGUCUUGGACUCACUGCAAAUAAUUAAUUAUAUGGACGUUUUUAUGUGAUAAAGACAGAUAAAUUCCUCCAAAUAUGUAUCGAAGUACGAAUGGACCGAAGGUUGGGAAGGAAAACGUAGGCGCCACGAUGAAAUACGGCAGUCAAAAGCAAAUAGAAAGUCGGGGGACCACGAAAAUACAAUUAACAAAGGAGAGCAACACCGCACCAGUAUCACGAGGAAAUAUCCGCACUGGAGAAAUUAAAAAAACAGUACUCGCCUCUAAAACGUGCGUUCUCGAGAGUACGGGUCCUAGCAAGCAGACACUAAUAGUUAACAAAACGGAUGAACAGAAAUCCACUGAGACGAAACCGAAAGUAGAAUCAACAAAGACUGAAACAAAACGACAGGCUGCCAUUCUCAAGACUGAUAACCCAACGCCUAUACAACCGAAUAAAGAAGUAAGAGGCGACAUUGAACACGCUAUUCCAGAUAGUACUGUGGAUAGGGCUUCAAAUGUUAAUGAUAAAAAAAAGUGGUCACUUUCAAAUUUCGACAUUGGACGCCCAUUAGGCCGGGGAAAGUUCGGCAAUGUGUACUUAGCUAGAGAAAAGGAAACUAAAUUUGUAGUAGCUCUGAAAGUGUUAUUCAAAAAACAAAUACACUCAACGGGCGUUGAACACCAAGUGCGGCGCGAAAUUGAAAUUCAGUCGCAUCUGCGCCACCCAAAUAUACUUCGACUCUAUGGAUAUUUUCAUGAUGAUGCUAGGAUUUAUUUGAUAUUAGAAUAUGCACCGAAAGGAACAUUAUAUAAAGCUCUACAGGAGCAACCAAACAAACACUUCGAUGAGCCGCAAACUGCCAUGUAUGUUAAAUCUCUUGCAUCGGCUCUAAUAUACUUGCAUGAACGUGAUGUGAUCCAUCGUGAUAUAAAACCCGAGAACUUAUUGCUGGGGUACAAUGGUGAAUUGAAGAUAGCUGACUUUGGUUGGUCAGUGCAUGAACCGAAUUCUAAACGGACAACAUUAUGCGGCACAUUAGAUUAUCUGCCACCUGAAAUGGUGCAAGGCAGACCACAUACAAAAACGAUUGAUUUGUGGAGUUUAGGUGUACUGUGCUAUGAACUCUUGGUUGGUCAGGCUCCGUUUGUUUCUCCUGACCAUGAUGAAACAUAUCGUAAAAUUAUGAAAGUUGAUUACAAGCUACCCUCGUUUGUUACUCCUGCAGCUGCGCAUCUAAUUUCGAAGUUAUUAAAAUUAAACCCGGAGCAAAGGCUGCCUUUAGAGCAAGUUUUGGAACACCCAUGGAUAAUACUUCAUUCUUAAACAAAUGCCCGUUAUGAUACUCUUAGUUUGUAUAAGUUUAUUUUUCUUUUCGUUACAUUAAUCCGCUCUUAGUUAUUUCACAAAUGUUUUUGUUAGUUGCAAGGCAAACUGAUUUUACUGACCUUUUUCUAUUUUUUGAAAUAAAUUUCCUGUAAUUUUUGCUAAAAUUUUAUAUAAUAAAUUCAAGGAAAGUAUUUGAAAAACAAUAUAAAUGGUUUUUUCCUGUGACAGCAAAUCAAUAAAUUUAAAAUUUAUAAACUA